UCGAGCGUCACAGGCCCCGCCCAUAGGGCACGCCGGCGCGGUGCGACCUCACUGAAUCGGGCCAUGUCGCUGGCAGGUGCACCUGAGGUGAUCCGGGCAGCGCAGAAGGACGAUUACUACCUAGGAGGCCUGCGGAGCGCGGCGGGUGGCGCGCUGCACAGCCUAGCGGGUGCAAAGAAAUGGCUGGAAUGGAGGAAAGAGAUUGAACUGCUCUCAGACAUAGCCUACUUUGGCCUCACCACAAUUGCAGGUAGCUACCAGACACUUGGAGAGGAGUACGUUGGGAUCAUCCAGGUGGACCCAUCCCAGCAGCGAGUGCCCUCCAGGCUCCGCCGUGGGGUGCUGGUCACACUGCACGCUGUCUUGCCCUACCUGCUGGACAAGGCGCUGCUGCCCCUGGAGCAGGAACUGCAAACCGAUGGUGACAGUACACGGGCUUCACAGGGAAGUCUGCUAUCUGGAGGACGCAGCCGAUCAGGGGCAAGGCGCUGGGUGCGCCACCAUGCAGCCACCCUGACGGAACAGCAAAGGAGGACGCUCCAGCGGGCAGUCUUUAUCCUUAGACAGGGCCUUGCCUGCCUCCAUCGGUUCCAUGUUGCUUGGUUUUAUAUCCACGGUGCCUUCUAUCACCUGGCCAAGAGACUAGCAGGGAUCAGCUAUCUCCGGACUCGCCGCCUGCCUGGAGAGGACCUGAGGGCUCGUACAAGCUACCGACUGCUGGGACUCAUCUCCCUGUUGCAUCUGGCACUGUCCAUUGGGCUGCAGUUGUAUAGCUUCAGGCAGAAGCAGCGAGCUAGGAAGGAGUGGAGGCUGCACCGCAACCUGUCCCACCGCAGGAGUUCCCUGGAAGACAGAGCUGUUUGCAGAACCCCACUAUGCACCCUGUGCUUGGAGGAACGAAGACACUCCACAGCUACACCUUGUGGCCAUCUCUUCUGCUGGGAGUGCAUUACUGAGUGGUGCAACACUAAGACAGAGUGUCCCCUGUGCAGGGAGAAGUUUCCACCCCAGAAGCUGGUCUACCUGAGGCACUACCGCUGAUCAUCACCAAACAGCUCUAAGAAGUGGAUGGAAGUUCACAGCGUUUAUCCUCAGCACUGUGAUUGCACAGAAGUAUAAAAUCCUCACAUACUGUUCUUUGUUAUGUAAGCUACUACAGUUACCUGGGAAGAGAAAGGGUCAGGGGCAAAUGGGCAAUACUCCGUAUGGGGUAGGAGAGUCUGUUGCCCCUUAUCAUGGCUUCUUCCGAGUUUCUGGAGGUAAUGGGUUCCUCCUCCCUUCCCAAGCCACACAGAUGAAAACUGCUUCAGAAGUUGGGGGGUGAGGAGGGUUAACUCAGGCCUGUGUGAGAGGCAGGGAUGAGAGUUAGGGUAGAAGAGAAGCACUGCACUGUGGGCUCCACACCAACCAAGGUCCGCACUCCUAACACACUUGCCACAUGCUUAUUAAUACAUGUUGCCAACUCCUUAAGAAAAAUGAAGGUCUUCAUCUUGGCCUAUGGGUAGGAAUGGGGGCUCCCUGAGUUGCAGAUUCUUUUAAUUGUAUGAAAGUUCACACAUGCCAUGGCACAUGCACAGAGAUCAGAGAACUUGCAGGAGUUGGUUCUUUUUGUCGAGGUUUUCAGGGAGUAAGUUCAGGUUGGGCUGGGCAUCAGCAUCUUUACUUUUGAACAUCUCACCUACCUGGCAGAAUUGGCUUGGAAAUAAACCAAUUUUCAUGUGUCUCAGAUACCAGUCCUCUGAGGAAGUUAGGUGAGUCGUAUCUGCUUGGAGGCCUAAAUGAACAAGUGUGACCUGCUUACCCAAUGUCACUUCUGUGUCCAGCUCCCUCUUGGCUUGUCCCUAGCUUGUUUCUUGCCUCCAUUUGACAUUUCCAAGCUUUUAAAAUUAAUUCAUGUCAAAGACAACCUGGCACAUCUUUUAAGAGACUUAAUUUCACAGAGUAGGUACAUUAAGAACAGAUCUGCUGGGGCAGUGGUGGCGCUCGCCUUUAAUCCCAGCACUCGCGAGGCAGAGGCAGGUGGAUCUUUGUGAGUUCGAGGCCAGCCUGGUCUACAGAGCGAGAUCCAGGAAAGGCGCAAAGCUACACAGAGAAACCCUGUCUCGGAAAACCAAAAAAAAAAAAAAAAAAAAAAAGAAGAAAGAAAGAAAAAAAAAGAAAAAGAACAGAAGAUCUAGCUGGGCCUGGUGGUGCACACCUUUAAUCCCAGCACUCGGGAGGCAGAGGCAGGCGGCUCUCGGUUAGUUCAAGGCCAGCCUGGUCUACAGAGCUAGUUCAAGGACAGUCAGGGCUACACAGAGAAACCGUGUCUCGAAAAGACAAAAACACAAACAAAAAACCCCAGGAGAUCUAGAAAGACUUCAUAAAACAGUGUGACGGUGUCCUGAUAGAGCCUUUGGUCUAAAGCCCAGCCACCAGCAGUGGUGUUUGAUGUCGCAAUAUUCCUUGUGAAGUCCCCUUACCAAGAGCAGGAACCAUCCCUCUGGGUGGAGCAGGGGACCAAGACUGACAUAAGGAAACUUUAGGGACCCUGUGGGAACCUGGAACACAACUCUACAGUUGUCUGCACUACCCCAUUUGUAACUCAUUGCUCUGGCCAGGUACUCCCAACUUUCUUUCCAUUGUACCUUGAGCUUAGUCAGUGAUGAGGAAAAUAACGUGGAAAAUAUAAACAAAAAUGUCCAUAUUCGAACCCCAAGUGUUCACAUGGUUUAAAACAAAACAAACAAACAAACAAAAAAACCCUUAGAACAUCAUUAGAAAAUGAUGGGUUGAGUAUACGAAAUGUGGCUCUAAAAGGAGCAUCAUAGUGUCAAUAAAAGAAAACCCAGGUGACUGACUUAUUCAGCACCUAAAACUGUAGGAUGGAUGAGAAACACCACUGAGUAGGGUUCUGAAUAGGUCACAGCCUGGAGAAAAAGCCUACUUGCACUUGACAGCCUCUGUCCCCUCUAUACCUGCGGUGUUUGCUCUCUCUCUCCUGGUGCCACUUGGUAUAAUGGUUCCCCUCCGACAGCUGUCAACAGCAAGCUGGGCUUCAGCAGAAUGACUAUGGUGUAGACGAAGACUAUACAAGCAAGGGACACUUUCUUUAAUAAAGUUGGAAUUUAAAAUUCA